UGGAAAAAUCUAGCGGGUUUCCUCUAAGACUAUAUGUCAGAAAAACCAAAUGUUUGACAUUAGUCGAUGAUUGAUAAAUCAAUGUGGUCUAGUUGUGUUGUUAAACAAAACAAAAUUUAACAUUUAUACCAAGACAAGUCUUCCUAAAAUGUUUUGCUGCAGGUCCUACAUUACUGGGCAUUCAAAAGCAGGAACCCGGGGGAGGAUCUGUAACCCACCCCAUUUGAGAAUUUUAUUUUUGUCUUGUAUAAAUAAGCUUUAAAAUAUGGCAUGUGUCCCCCUCAUCCUCCCAAUAUAGCCUGUGCCCCCUUCACUAGAGAUUAGAUUAUCCCCCUCCACUCCAGAGCUUGACCAUCAUGGCAUGUCAUGUAUAACUUCUGUCUUGUAACUAAUUAAUCCAACUGAUUAAAGUGUGAUUAAUACACCGAGGAGAGUGAAGAACCUUCAUAUGCUAUGGUCAAAGAGAAGGAAGAGCACUGAAGAUGACCAGGGGUCAAAAACUUAAUAGCGAUAAACAGAAUAGGAAUUUAUAAUAAAAACGUCCAAAAUAUUUAUGACUGGUACUUCCUGGUGGUUGAUGUGUGGGUACAUUAAAUUAGUACUAUAUCGUUUUAGACAUGAAAAAAAGUCAACUGGAUGUUAACCUGAUCUAAAAAUGACAAAAAUAACAUUUAAACGCUUGGCGCAAGUCUUCAGUUUUGUUGUGGAUUCUGGAGAAAUACAUUUAAUCAUCGAUUACAUUCUGGAAGGCACUAUGGUGAAUGGAACUAUCUAUGCAGAUGAGAUAAAAAUGGUUUCGUAGUACGCAUAUAAUUAAAAGAGUAAAUGCAGAGUCAUAAUAAAGACGUAGGCAUCACAAUGUUCAAUCUAAUUAAAAUUAGCUCCACUAUUGCAUGUAAUGGAGCUAAUUUUAAUUAGAUUACACAAUGUUCUGAGUCGCAUAGAAUCUUUGGUAACAUUUGGUAAUUCUGAGAUAGUCUAAGAGAGGAAACAAACAGGAUAGCACAUACCACGGUCUUUGAUAUACCAGUCGUGCAUUGGUUAACCAUGUCUAACGCCGUAUAACCGUAAAUAAAAUGUGUUGAGUGCCUUGUUAAAUAAAACAUUUUUUUUCUUUUGGUGCAUUGGCUGGAAUGACAAAUAGCCCAAUGGACCCACCGAUGAGGUACGAUCCUAAACAAACCGCGCACAGGCGAGCGCUUUACCACUGAGGUACUUUCCGCCCUCGUAGCCAUGUUGCAUGAAAGGAAAUGUUAUUCAAAUUGCUAAAAAUAAUUUACAAAAACCCCCAACAAAAUGUGUAUUAAUGUAUUGUUGUCCGAAGGGCCGUAGUAAGUGUGGUUGUUAUGAAAAGUACUAUAAUUUUUGCAUUAAAAUUGCUCAAUUGGGUAGACGGAAUUAAGUAAGAACGCCAAUCGAACAAAAUUUAACAGAAGCUGUAAGUUUAUCAAACAUCUCGACGGUUGUUUUUAGAGCACUGGAUACACCGGCAUGCGUUAACAUCCGCUAUGAAUGAUUCUGCUCACACCACCUGUCUGAAUGCAGAUUGAACUAUAUUCUUCCGAUUUCUAGAAUUGCUAAACGAACGUGCCCAUAAGGGAGAUCAUUAUAGCACCGAUUCAUAUUAAGGUCAUAUUUAUCUCCCUUAAGAACUUCCGGGAAAAGAAACAUGUGCUUGUGUUUUGGAAUUUUGUUACAAUAUUUUUUUGCGUUUAGCUCAUUUUAACUGACUGUAUCAAUAAUGGCACAUCGAAAGAAAAAUUCCUUUCCAAAAGCUAAUAAAGGAAAAGGUAGAAAAUGGAAGAAAGGACAAAGCAGUAACAGCAAUCCAGUAGAAAAACGUUUUAGGCAAGCAGCCAAAAACCGAUUUUUUCAUACUAUUGAAGGUCCCAGUAACCUAACUGUCGAAGCAUUAUCGCAGCACAAUGAAGCUGAAGAGGAGAAACCCGAGGUGGUUGAGAUGGACGUUCAGACGACGAGUGCGAAGACCUUCAACACGUGGGCCACCAACUGGACGGACUGCACCAACGCGACCUUCAGUCGGGUCCAUCGCUACUGGAGAUCUAAUUCUGCCACACACAAGGAGAUUUUGGCUGUGUUGGCAGCCAUUACAGAGGUGAUAAAGCAACAAGGAGGCAAUGAAAAUGAAACAGAAUAUUUUGCAGCAUUGAUGACAGCCCUUGAAACAACAGAACCUGAAGAAUCCUUGGCAGCGAUUACUUACCUCCUGAGUCUAGUCAUCAAAAGAGUGCCAGCUCCUGUUCUGAAGAGUCGUUUUUCACAGGUUUCCAAGUUGUUUUUAGAUAUCCUCGCCAAACACAGUGAUGGGAACUGCACCUCACUGCUGAAAUCCCUGCUGCUCUGUCUUGCCUCGGUACUGCGAGUACAGGAAGUUGCGGUUUGGAAUAAUUCAUCAACACAGCAGAUGUACAGUGGACUGCUAACCUUCGUAACACACAAAAAACCCAAGGUUCGCAAAGCAGCCCAUCAAGCUGUACAGAUAAUUCUGAAAGGAAGUUUGUUUAUGUUGGAAGCUGAUUCUCCGUUAAACCACCCAGCUGCCUCCCUGACGGCAAAAUACUGUAUCCAGCAGAUAGAACAGUGUGGAGGUACAGGAGAAGCUACAAACACAUUAUACUCGUUGGCCUUGCUGAGGGAUGUGAUGAGUUCCUUCUCUAAAAACAGCAUCCAGUCGUGUUGUGAGACUGUCCUCCGUGUUAUGACCAUCAGUAACGUGAUGGUCCGGGCCUGUGGAAUGCAGACACUGCACGGUCUUUUCAGCUCAAAGCCCAAAUCACAGAGCCUGCCAGCCGAACUUAAUGCUCGGAUUGUUGUGGCUCUGUAUGACUACCAGCCAUCAGAGAAUGACAGCCAGCCCGUUCAGGCGUGGCUGGCAGUGAUGGAGACUGCACACGUCACUCUGCACAGAUCUGAUGCUAGACUGUGUACCAGUCAUUUACCGAAACUCUUCUCUACAGCGAUGACCUACUUACUAUCAAGCAGACAGGAGGUGGCUCAAGCAGCCAUCAAAACCAUGAAGGUGUUGCUCAGUGACUGUCUGACCCCCGAUCUGGAGAGACUGACCUCUCUGCUGAGCUCGGCACCUGGAGGAACGCAGACUCCAGUACACAAGAUCAUCAAGGCUCUGGAGAGUGGGCUCAGCUACCAGUUCCACUCCUCCUGGGGUCUCGUGCUGCAACUCUGGGCAGCAGUCUUUCAGGUGUUUGGGAAAUGUUGUCCAGGACUUCUAAAGAAGUGCCUACUGUCCAUGGCAGAUUUACGAGAGACGCCACACUUCGCGUACCGCCGAGAACUGGACCAGGCGAUUGGUUCAGCCAUCCGAUACAUGGGCCCGAGACACGUACUGGAUGCUGUCCCCUUGAACAUGUCACCAGAGAGUGAUGAGUUGGAGUUUCCAAGAAGUUGGUUGAUUCCGGUUUUACGAGAUAACAUCAGAGAAACCGAACUUGGCUUCUUUACAUCGUACUUCCUGCCACUUGCUGCAGCCUUCAGACAAAAAGCGCUGCAGUGUCCUGAUGGUCAGAGUGUAGCGGCGAAGACAUACGACACUUUACAACAGCAGAUCUGGUCAUUACUGUCAGGCUUCUGUCAGAACCCCACAGACAUCACACAGUCAUUCAAAGGAAUUGCUAAAAUCCUUGGUUCUGCCAUCACUGACCGGCCUGAUUUACGCAUGACUGUGAUGUCGUCUCUCCGCGCUCUCAUCAACAACAGCCUUUCAAUCGAAAGUCACAGAUCAGAGUUGUCAAGAUUUAGUAAAAACUUUGUGCCGAUUCUGCUAAACCUGUUUACCGCAGACCCAGAAAAGGAGCGUGACCCAACAAGACUUGCUGUUCUAGAAACAUUGAAGACAUACUUACAGAUAGUAGACAAACAGCUGGCAUUAUCCUUCUUUGAUAAAUGUGUUGAAAAAAUGAAUGCAAGUGAUACAACACCUUUCAAAAGGCAUGCUCUAAUAGAUCUGAACAUUGCGUUGUUGCCAUACAUAGAUACAGAUCGACUCAAGAUCUCCUUCGAUCUGGCUUCAGCAAACUUGUCAAGUCUUGACAGAACCCUUCAGAAGAAGUCCUACAGGAUAAUGGAGGAGAUAUGUGCGGGCAAGUCGGAGGAUUGUCAGGAGUUUGCGCGGCGCUAUCUGUCGCAGAUUCAGAAGAUGCUGCUGUCGUCUCUGUCCAAGUCCAGUCCUUCGUCUAAAGCACCACGGCUCCGCUGUCUGAUUCACAUUUUUGGACAACUGAAGGAGAAACAGAUGGAUUUCUUCAUGGCUGUCGUACCGGAGGUAAUUAUGUGUACUCGUGAGAUUGGGGAGAAAGCCCGUGAGGCAGCGUACAAUCUCCUCAUUACCAUGGCAGAAACCCUGACUCGCUGGAGCAGCUCGGUGUCAAAAGAAGAGACGAUAGACAGUUUCCUCAAGAUGCUACUUGCCGGUCUGGCCGGCUCUCCGCAGAUGAUAAGUGGAACGCUGUUAGCCCUCACCAGAGUUCUCUUCCAGUACAAACAGCUCAUUAGUAGUGACCUGCUGGAAAUACUGGUGGAAAACACUUGUUUACUUCUUACGUCCAAACUGAGAGAAGUCGUCAAGUCUGCCCUGGGAUUCAUUAAAGUUCUCAUUUCUGCAUACCAAGACACACAGCUGGCGGGACAAUUGAAGAGACUGGUGACCGGUCUAGUCAGUAUGAAAGAUGAUACUCGCCAUCACUUUCACAUCAAGAUGAAACACAUCUUUGCAAAACUGAUUAAAAAAUUUGGCUACGAGACGAUUCGUGGCAUGACUCCGGAGCGUUUACACAAAGUGCUUCACAACAUCUACAAGACCCAGCAGAGAACAAAGAGACAGAAGAAGGAAGAGUUGAACCAGGAGGAAUCUGAGGAGGAAGUGGAGGAGAAACCUCCCAAGAUGGACAGCAUUGACGACCUGCUGCGAGACACAGACUCUGAGCUGGAGAAUGACGACGACACAAUGAAGAAGAAACCUGUGAAGAAGCGGCGAGGAAGAGACGCCUGGCUGAAGGAGGGAGAGGAGGAUCAGAUCGUGGACUUCUUGGACCCCAACGCAGCCAAGAGGGUUCUCGCUACCAAGCCUGAGCAGAAGACCGAUUCGAAACAUAAGAAGGAUUUACCUUUCAAGAUGGCUCCCGAUGGAAGACUGAUAAUAACGGAGGAUGAACCUCAAGGUGACAGAAUAGAUUCUGGAGAGGAAGAUGACUUAGACGAUUUGUUACAAGCUUUGGAAGGUGGAACCAGGAACAAGAAGAGUGCCAAGAAGAGAAAGCUUGAAGAAGACUCUGAUGAUGAAACUGGUCCAGCAAAAUACAAAGCUGGUGGCAGUGGAAUUCACAGACCUCUGACUAAGUCGAAACACGGCAAGCCAGUACAGAAGGUUCAGAUGGGGCAAGAGUACAGAGCAAAGAAGGCACGAGGUGAUGUGAAAAAAGCUGGAAAGCCAGAUCCUUUUGCAUAUGUUCCUCUCAACAUGCAGUCGCUGAAUAAAAGAAAACGAGCGAAGAUCCAUGGUCAGUUCGGAAACCUGGUUAAAGGAGCGAAGAAAGGAGCUUUGAAAGGAAUGCGGAACAAGAGAAAUAAAAAAUAAAAUUUAAGAAGAUAUAUUUAUGAACUGUUUGUAAAUUUGUAUAUUUAUCAAAAAUAAAAUCCCUAAUUACCUUGUUGCUCCGAGUUUUAACAAAUUUAUAAAGUGUGAACAGUUACCUCUGUGUUUAAUAGAAUAAGAUGUAACUGUGGGUACAACAUUCGUCGGUGUAGAAAAUUUACCGUUAUAUUUUGGGUUUAAACAGUUAGUAAGAUCGGUUGUGUGAAUUGAAUAGCACCAAAGGUAACAUGUCUGAAAGUUAAUGGGAGAUAACUUGAUAUUUUUUUGAAUUAUUUAAAGAUGGGAGACAACUCAUGCUGAUUUAUAUUAGAGGUGGGAGAUGACCUAUGACUAUUCAGUUCACAAAAUAGGUGAUAAAUUUGACUUGUAUAAUUGUGAGAUUGCCUGGCAAAUAUGAUUGCAAAGAGGUAAUAAACUGUGACUUGUA